AUGCGUCUCUUCCUCGCUUUACUGGCUCUGGGCUUCGCAGCCGUAGCGGCUGUCCCAGCACACCCUGAAAGGAUCGUGGGUGGUUCUAUUACAACUAUUCAGCAGUAUCCCACCAUUGUUGCUCUGCUGUUCUCCAGGAAUGGAAACACUUUCUUCCAAACUUGCGGUGGUAUCAUUCUCAAUAACAGAAAUAUCCUCACUGCUGCUCACUGCCCCUACGGAGACGCAGUCAACAGAUGGCGUGUUCGAUCUGGUUCGACUUAUGCGAACAGCGGCGGUGUCGUUCACAACUUCAACCGCCGGAGGAUCUACCCUAACUUCAACUCAAGAACUCUUGACAACGACAUCGCUAUUAUGCGCACCGCCAGCAAAAUUGCUUUCAACAACGCCGCACAGCCCGACAGAAUUGCUGGCGCCAACUACAACGUCGGUGACAACCAAGUUGUCUGGGCUGCCGGAUGGGGUGACAUCAGGAGCGGUGGUCCUCCAUCGGAGUAGCUGCGCCACGUCCAGAUGUGGACUGUGAACGAGGCCACGUGCAGGUAUCGCUAUGCCGCUAUUGAUAGCAUCAUCACCGAUAGCAUGCUGUGCGCCGGCUGGCUCGACGUCGGCGGUCGCGACUAGUGCUUUGGUGAUUCCGGUGGUCCUCUCUACCACAAUGGUGUCGUCGUUGGGGUGAGCUCCUGGGGAGAGCAAUGCGCUUUGCCUCGCUUCCCUGGUGUCAACGUUCGUGUCUCACGCUUCGCUAACUGGAUCAGGAGCAAUGCCUAAAUUUUCUGGAAGUGCAAUGUAAAAAUAUCGUCUACUAUAAUUUUUUUUUUCUAUAUUUUACCGGAAAGUUGUUUGGGAUAUACAAUGUGUAUAUAUUUUUCUUCUAAAAAGAGCUAUUAUUGUAUAGAUAAUCCCUGCCAAGUUCCAUAAUGAGCUGAGAAAUCGUUUAGGUUCCAGACCAGCUACAGUAGUAGUUCCUGCACUGGUUCGCCACUAGCGCACCUACAAACGUACCGUAUCAGUAUGCACGCAUUUAGUUUAUAAUACCUAACAGACCCGCAAAAUAUACUUAUCAUUCUGAAUCUUGUUGAGUUUUACGGGGCUGUGUGCCUCAAUAUUUCUUUCUCUUUCACACUCAUAGAUAAAAUAGAGCUAAAAGGCUACCUUACAUGCAUAGCUAAAGUAGGUUUCAAUAGCAAUAAGUACUGGAAUAUAAUCUCAGCUUUUUUCUCCAUAGAUAAUGUAAAAAAUCAGGGUUGCCAAAACUUUAAACUUACUUCUAGUAUAGUGGCUUUUAUUCUGCGUCCUUUUUCCUUAUAAAAACGAAUAUUUUUUUUAUUUAUUACAAAUAUCUAAUGAUUUUAAAUAAUCAUAAUUAUUUUAAUGUAUUGCUCUAUGUUUACGUAUUAAAAAGGUUCUGUCACAUUUUCAGCAUUCCUUUUGUGCUAAUAUUUUGAUUCUUAAUUGGAGAAACAAGUUAUUUAUUUGGA